AGAACCUUCAGUUGUUGAAGAAGGUGAGAAUGAGGAAACAAGUCCUACCAUGGAGAUAGACAACUUGGUUGUUCAAGUCUCUACAAAUGAGGAUGGCAUUGAGAGUGUUGAAGAUAUUCAGGAUGCUUAUGAUCAAUUAUGUGAGCAAUUAGUCAAGCAAUAG